UCAGUAUGAUUUUCUAUCAUAAGGAGCAUAUCCUGGGGUUAACUUGUUUUUUCUUCCUUAUUGCAGAUCAUCAAUGCCGUGGUACUGUUGAUUUUAUUGAGUGCCCUGGCAGAUCCAGAUCAGUAUCACUUUUCCAGUUCUGAACUAGGAAGUGACUUUGAGUUCAUGGAUGAUGCCAACAUGUGCAUUGCUAUUGCAAUUUCUCUUCUCAUGAUCCUGAUAUGUGCAAUGGCUACUUACGGUGCAUACAAGCAAUAUGCUGCCUGGAUCAUCCCAUUCUUCUGUUACCAGAUAUUUGAUUUUGCCCUGAACACGUUGGUUGCUAUCACCGUGCUUGUUUAUCCAAACUCCAUUCAGGAAUACAUACGACAGCUGCCUCCUAAUUUUCCCUACAGAGAUGAUAUCAUGUCAGUGAAUCCUACCUGUUUGGUCCUUAUUAUUCUUCUGUUUAUCAGCAUUAUCUUGACUCUUAAGGGUUACCUGAUUAGCUGCGUUUGGAACUGCUACCGAUACAUCAGUGGAAGAAACUCCUCUGACGUCCUGGUUUAUGUUACCAGCAAUGACACUACGGUGCUGUUACCCCCAUAUGAUGAUGCCACUGUGAACAGCACUGCCAAGGAGCCGCCCCCACCAUAUGUGUCCGCCUAGGCCUGAGCGCAGGUGCGGAGCCGAGAACAGCAGCUUAACUUCACACACCUGAGCAAUAGUUCUUUCACUUCUGAAAUGAGCUCUCUGAGAUUAUUUGUUGCUGAAAUGCUACAGUUUUAAAAUUUAGAUGUUAAGUUGAAACUCUCUGUAGUCUUAAACAUGAGCUUUAGCUAGAGCACUGUGAUAGAUUCACUGUGGAAUUCUUUCCGUAGGGGUUGGGGGUGUAAUGGGCUUCACUAGACUUCCGUAGGCAUUUAAACUUCCUAAAACUAUGGAUGGACCCUGAGUCAGAGAAGUCUGGUUUUGUACCUACUGGGCCCCACAGUUGGGGAUUUUGUCACACUUUUUCUCUCUGUUCCCUAUGUCCCUUUCGAAAGUGUACAAUAAAGUAAAAAAU